CCCCGCAGUUUAAUGACACCUAGACACCUACCGCUCACCGAGAGUGGCGACAGAACGUUACAACAGGGUCGGCACCCUACCAUGCUACGUCCAAUGCUUGUUGAAGCUUGCACAUCUUGUCUGGAUAUAGCCUGGCGCUGGCCACUAAGUGGUGUGCCAACGGCUGAACUAUUCGACAUCUGGCAAAUGUCCGGCCUCUAUCAUUCCAUCUGGGCACGUUCGGUGCAAAGAUCCGUUGUGCUUGCCCCAUGGUCUAUGGAGUCUCCAGUCCUCUCUCCAGGAGGAGAUGGAGAUCCGCUGACACGGCAGUAAAUCGACAGAGUCCCUUCGCUUGAAGACAAUCCUUGUCCAACAUGUGGCAGCUUGAGAAGGCCGAUCGAUGGUUGCAUUUAAUAACCUGCCCGCCUCACCACCUCGCUCGUCAGUCCUCCAGCCUUGACUGUUCAGCUCCACGGUCCCUCCAGACUCUUCCACGCACUUGGCCAAUAUGUCGUUCCUCAGGAGAAUCGUGCACAAUGAUGCCGUCAAGUUGGACCCUCCAGAGGUCUACAACUGGAGAGUCUUCGCUUUGGCAGCAGCCGCUUGUUUUGGAGGAACACUCUUUGGCAUGGACAUUGGGAUUAUUGGCGGAGUGAUAACGUUGCCCGAUUUCAAAGAUGAAUUCGGCCUCACAAAUAAGUCGAAAAUCGCACAGUCCAAUCUCUCAGCCAACUUGGUCUCCGUUAUGCAAGCAGGCGCCAUCGUCGGUGCGCUCGCCGCGAAUCCAUUGGCCGACAAAUGGGGUCGAAAGAUUACCAUUUAUACUGUGGCAUCCUUCGCUUUCGUCGGUGGCCUCCUUCAGGCUCUGUCAUAUGGCCAUUUAUCCUGCUUCUACAUUGGACGGUUUGUUGAAGGUCUAGGUCUGGGCGGAGCCACCAUGGUCGCACCCACCUACGUUGCUGAGAAUGCUCCCCGUGGCAUUCGAGGUCUGCUCGUCGGUUUCUAUCAGCUUUUCGAAACAAUGGGGGCCAUGGUGGCCUUUUUCAUCAACUACGGCAGCCUGCUCCACCUGAAAGGCCAUGCCACCUGGAUAGUCCCGUUGUCGAUGCAGUCCCUGCCUCCGUUCCUCCUCUUUGUUUCUAUCCUCCUCUGUCCCGAGAGUCCUCGAUGGCUUGCUUCCCAAGACAACUGGGAUGAGGCCUCCAGGAUUCUUGCGAAAGUGCGAAACCUACCAACCACGCACCCCUACGUUCAAGCCGAACUGCUCGAGAUGCAAACACAGUUGGAAGCCGAGAGGGCCCGUGCUGGCGGUAACAGUUACUGGGCGUUGACAAAGGAGGCAUGGACGAUUCCUGGAAAUCGCAGACGAGCAAUCAUGGCGAUCGCGCUCAUGACUGCUCAACAAUGGACUGGAACUAAUGCUAUCAACUACUAUGCGCCAACCAUCUUCACCGAUCUCGGCGUCACCGGAAAUGCACAGAGCCUAUUCGCUACCGGGGUCUACGGGAUCGUGAAAAUGGGCUCCUGCGCCAUCUUCAUUACCUUCCUUGCCGACACACUUGGGCGCAGAUGGUCGCUGGUCUGGACAGGACUGUUCAUGUGGUUCUGCAUGUUCUACCUGGGCUUCUUCGUCCGAUUUGACCCGCCAAAGAAAGGUGCUCCUAUCUCUGGUGCGGGAUAUGCGGCGUUGGUCAUGGUCUAUCUCUACGCGGCAGCUUUCCAAUUUGGCUGGGGUCCCGUUUGCUGGAUCUAUUCCUCUGAAAUCAGCACUCAACGGCUCCGAGGAUUGAUCGUAUCCUACGCUGCGGCAACACAAUGGGUUUUCAACCUGGCUGUUGCUCGAGCCACCCCCGUUAUGCUGGAUACUGUGGGUUCAAAUGGUUACGGCACAUACUUUAUAUACGGCUGCUUCUGCUUCACCAUCGCUAUUGGAGCAUUUUUCUUGGUGCCAGAGACCAAAGGAAUUUCUUUGGAGCGAAUGGACGAGUUGUUCGGAAUGACCGACUUCAGUGGAAUUGAAGAUGUCGGAGUAGCCUCCCAUAAGCACGACGUCGAGGCCAUCCAUGUCGAGGUGAAGUGAGGCAGUAACAUGGACGUGCGCAAUGACAUCUCAUCACAGCGCUCAAGGUCAUUGACUUCGACAACAAAUCUCUAAAAUGCGCCGAGAUCCACCAGACUGCUCAAUCACUACUCGCCUUAUAUCCUGCUAUCAGCCAUAUCAUCUAUGAUGCUGUUGCCGCCAUGAAUCAUGCGUAAAGAUCGAUGACAGGGGUUUAGAGAGGAUAUAUAUAUAUAGUUAUUGGUCAAGCCGUGCCGACUUCUGAUGUCUCGCAACUUUGAACCUCCACCAUUGUGCCAAGACCAUCCUAUAUAAAUGGCAUAUACAAGCAC